AAAACCAGAAAGAGAGGAUCAAUCUCAUUUGAGAGGCACAAAGACUGGCUCAGCAGUUAACAGUUAACAAAUAAGAUGGUUGCACACACAGAUGCAAGUUAAUUUUUCAUAAUGUCUGAUCAAUAAAAGUAUCAAUUGUUAUUUUCUCUCUGUCUAACCAAAGACACUGAUUCUCACUUAUCUGACUCUUCUGCAAGACACACACACAAGCACAGUGAAAACUCACUCACUUUUAAUCAGGCUUGACAGGACAUAAAGAAUACCCCGUCACAACCUGGCCACCCCCCACACAUACACUUUAUCAGCAAACUGACCACACAACUAAAAUGUAGCCUUGGCAGACUAAUCGGCUAGCAAGAGCCAGAGACUUCAUUAGGUAUAUGCCAGCCGUCUGGCUGCCAAUCAGUGCAUUUUGGAUUUUUUCCAAUUACCAGCUACUUUGGCAAUGACAUUGAAUUUCAGUGCAUUUAAAUGUAUGCACCAGAAAUAUAAAAAGUAGGGUAAAGAUGUGUCAACAUCUUUAUUCUGAAAAGUAAAAAUACCAAAGUAAAUAGCAAUGCAAACAUAUACAGGUACUAAAAUAUAUACAGUAUUAUGAAAUGUAGUAAAUUUUCAGGGUAUCCACCUUUUUCUUCCUGUAAGACCGGCGUGGCCAUUUGUAAAUAGUAUGGGUCUAGCUUCCAGUCUCAUCCACGUCCAGCUAUUUUUAGCUGUACAAAACAGCUCGUUUUGUUGCUAGAUAUUGAAAAUGGGUGUGUCUUACCGUAUUAUUUUAAUGGAUUAUCUUAAUUAUGAACACACUGGUUUGCAAUGCAAACAGUUUUACCGUUUACUGCACGUUGUUAUUCUUCUCGUUAUUUUCCUAUAGCAGCUAAUGAACCGGAAGUCUUGCACAUACUUGUUUACUUCUGUGUUGAAGAAAAAGGUGGAUAAAACCAUGUAAAUUUUUUGCUUAUGAAUAGCCAUAAAUUCUUAAUUUAUGCAUGUAAAUUAAGGUAAUGUAGGCUAGAUACAUUUUUGUUAGAUGUAAUAAUGAACAUAGCAGUCGUCAUUUGCUCCCGACAUGCAGAGGAUUACAUUUGAGCCAAUGAAGACGCAGAGGAUUACGUUUGUUUGUGAAGGGAAUGCACCCCCUGAUCUACCUAAAUGCAUCUAUGUUCGCGCCAAUCAUUCAUGAUCCAGCUUCACCUACAGAGGAAGCGUACAACUCUAGUACUCUUCUAAAUACAAAAGCUCUUGUUGGGAUGUCCCGGGACACCUUUGCCUUCUCUUCUGCCUCUCUGCGCUCCUUAAGGCUGGAGCAGGAGCUGCAGGACUGGGAGGACGCCAGGCGGGCACUGGCACACAGGAGGGCUAUGACAAGACGCCCGUUACCUGCCGCCCCCAGACUCCGACAUGGAAACGAGAGGAUCCAGACAGUACGUGCUCCACCACCCCAAAUACGGUGCAGAGACCCAGCCAUCCAUAACAUCUUUAUGUGUGGGGAUAUGAAGAGAGUGUAUGCCAUCCUCAAAGACCCAGGCAUGGUGAAUGCACUGAUGGAGACCGUACAUGAGGAGAUGAUGUGGGCCCCGGAAAUGGGAAUGUGGACUCUUACCUCAAAGGUAAAGCAGACGUCUGCAUUGCGUCUGGCUGCCAGCAGGGGGCACUCCGGCUGUGUCGAGGAGCUGCUGUUUAGGGGAGCAGAGGUGGAUGCUGACCCAGGCGGCCGUACCGCUUUACAUGAUGCCUGUUCUGGAGGCCAUUACAUCUGUGUGCGCCUGCUCCUAGACCAUGAGGCUGAUCCAGACCUGCUUGCUGUAGACGGCAAUGCCCCGCUGCACCUCUGUAAUGCAGCAGAAACUUAUCAGUGUGCUGAGCACUUGGUGACCAGUGGUGCGCUGGUGAACGUGGCCCAGCGAGACUCAGGUCUCACCCCCCUUCACGUGGCCUGCAGGAGAGGACUGGAGGACCACGUGGAGCUCUUCCUGUCCUAUGGAGGGGACGUGACAGCUCGAAGCCAAGAGGGCGAGACGCCCUUGAACGCAGCCUGUGCUGGGGCAGAGAGGCCUGCAGAUGCAGGACGGUAUCUGCGUAUUGCCCAGAAGCUGCUAGCAGCCGGGGCUGAUGCACAGACUGCUGGGAGAAAGAAGCAUACGGCCCUGCAUAACGCCUGUGGGAACUGUUGCCCCCGCAUAGUUAAGCUGUUGCUGGAACAUGGGGCUCGUGCAGACGUAGCUAACUGUGCUGGAUACACACCUAUGGACUGCCUGUUACAGGUAAUAGAAGAUUACCCAGACCAGCAGCCAGAAGUUGUGGCGCAAACUCUUCUUAACUAUGGAGCACAGCCGCCCUCCCCUAGAAUGCUGAAACUCUGCCUGCCCUCUCCUGCCACUUUGGAGGUAAUGCUGAAUUGCUAUCCGGUCAUCCCAGCAUGUGAGGAGUGGUUAGAGGACAUACCAGAGGAACUACUAAAGGAGCAUCAGUCUUUCUUCGAUGCGGUCAGACAGAUGAGUGGUCAGCUGCGCUCUCUUCAGCACCUCUGCCGUUGUGUGCUCCGCCACCACCUGGGGUCACUGUGUCACUUCGCAAUAGUCCAGCUCAACAUUCCCAGCACUUUAAAAGAUUAUCUCCUGCUGCAUAAUGACGGACUGCUCCGUUGAGCUGCAUUUUUUAGACAAACAAAAAUAGCUGACUGGAAACAAUGAGGUGAACUUGUUUUUCCAAAAUAUUUAGCAUCUGUGAUAAAUAUAUGUUGUUAUAAAUUGAUGUCUGAUGGUUUCAGAUCUCUCUGGAUGCCUCUUGACAAUAGUAUUAAUGUGGAUUAUGGCCCCGGGCCAAAUGGGGCAGUGCCCUGGGGACUUUGACUGUCAGAGGCUCUGAACUGAGAGGACCACAGUGGCUUAACAGACAGACAUAAAGCACUGCAAAUGUAAUAUUGAUACUGUUAGGUGGGUAGUGCUUUAAUAUGUGCCAGUGACGGUUCUCACAAUCUGAAAUAAACAAAGAAAUCAAAAUGCACUCUUGGCACUAACUGAAUGCAUUAUUGCUUUUUUAUGUAUUUAUUACUUUGAUGUUGUAGCCUACAAAUAUACACACUCACUGUUGCAGUGCCAUUUCUUUAUUUAGUACAGUUGCUAGUUUAUUUCUUACAUUUUGAAAAUUAAGAAAUUAUACAUUGUAGAUCUACAUCAGAUUUCUUUGUAAACAACCACAUUUGCAAAAUAGAAUUUGGAUUUGUCAAUCAAUCAAUCAAUCAAUCAAUCAAUCAAUA